GGGCGGCUCGCGGGCUGCCUCCGCCUCGCCCCGCCGCUGCCUCCGCCUCCCCCGCUCGCCGCUUCGCCGCCGCCCGGCGCCUCCAUCCUGGUACUUGGGAGUCUCCAUCCUGGUUUCUCAAGUGCCCGGACCCAAAACAGGAAGUUUGAGUAUGAGCACAGUUGAAGAAGAGUCUGACACAGUGACAGUAGAAACCGUGAACUCUGUGACUUUGACUCAGGACACUGAAGGGAACCUUAUACUUCAUUGCCCUCAAAAUGAAACUGAUGAAGUAGACUCUGAAGACAGCACUGAACCUCCCCAUAAGAGGCUUUGCUUAUCAGAGGAUGAUCAAAGCCUUGAUGAUUCCACUCCCUGCAUUUCUGUUGUUGCAGUUCCAAUUUCAGAAAAUGAUCAGAGCUUUGAGGUGACCAUGACUGCUACCACUGAGGUAGCUGAAGAUGAGAUUAACGAAGGAACUGUUACUCAGAUUCAGAUUCUUCAGAAUGAACAGCUGGAUGAAAUCACCCCAAUGAGCAAUGAAGAAGUGUCAGCUGUUAGUCAAGCCUGGUUCACAACCAAAGAGGAUAAGGAUUCUCUAACAAAUAAAGGCCACAAGUGGAAGCAAGGGAUGUGGUCAAAGGAAGAAAUAGACAUUUUGAUGAGUAACAUUGAGCGUUAUUUAAAGGCCCGUGGAAUAAAAGAUGCCACAGAAAUUAUAUUUGAAAUGUCAAAAGAUGAAAGAAAAGAUUUCUACAGGACAAUAGCUUGGGGUCUGAAUCGGCCUCUCUUUGCUGUCUAUAGAAGAGUUCUUCGCAUGUAUGAUGACAGAAACCAUGUUGGAAAGUAUACUCCUGAGGAAAUUGAAAAGCUUAAAGAGCUGAGAGUAAAGCACGGUAACGAUUGGGCCACAAUAGGAGCUGCACUGGGGAGAAGUGCUUCCUCUGUAAAAGAUCGGUGUAGAUUGAUGAAGGAUACCUGCAACACAGGAAAGUGGACAGAGAAAGAAGAAAAAAGACUAGCAGAAGUAGUGCACGAGCUAACUAGCACAGAACCAGGUGACAUUGUCACACAAGGUGUAUCAUGGGCUGCUGUGGCAGAACGGGUCGGGACGCGCUCUGAAAAGCAGUGCCGAUCUAAGUGGCUCAACUAUCUCAACUGGAAGCAGAGUGGGGGCACUGAGUGGACCAAGGAAGAUGAAAUAAAUCUGAUCUUGAGGAUAGCGGAACUUGAAGUUUCUGAUGAAAAUGACAUCAAUUGGGAUUUACUAGCUGAAGGAUGGAGUAGUGUCCGCUCACCACAGUGGCUUCGGAGUAAAUGGUGGACCAUUAAAAGACAGAUUGCAAACCACAAAGAUGUUUCAUUCCCUGUGCUGAUAAAGGGUCUUAAACAACUCCAUGAGAACCAAAAAAACAAUCCAGGGCACCAGCUUUCGGACAACAAAUCUGGAAGUGGAUUACCAAACACUAAUUCCAGUUCUGGAGUUCAGCACGUGCAGAUUCGGGUGGCUCGCUUAGAGGAGAAUGCAGGCAGCGCUCCAAGCCCUGUGGCAGCUUUGCAGAUUCCAGUCCAGAUUACACAUGUCUCCUCAGCAGAUUCCCCUGCUGCUACUGUUGACUCUGAGACAAUAACACUAAACAGUGGAACACUGCAGACCUUUGAGAUUCUUCCAUCUUUCCACCUCCAGCCAACUGGAACACCAGGUACAUACUUACUACAGACAAGCUCAAGCCAAGGGCUGCCUUUAACACUGACGACUAGUCCUACCAUGACCCUCACGGCUGCUGCUGCUCCAGCCUCCCCAGAACAGAUCAUUGUUCACGCCUUAUCGCCAGAGCAUUUGUUAAAUACAAGUGACAAUGUCACAGUCCAGUGCCACACGCCCAGUGUCAUAAUCCGCACCGUUGCUGCUGAAGAUAUCUCCUCCUCAGUCACUCAGGCAGAACUUGAUUCAGAUAUUCAGUCAGCUGACCUGACAGAUCCUCCUGAUACCCUGGAAACAAAUACUUUCCCAGAUGAUAUCCAUCAGUCCAAGCUGAAUGAGGAAGACCAGUCAGCCUACAAUGAAGAUGAUGCCUCCAAAUUCAGCAGCAGGAAUAGUAAUGAACUGAUGGAUGGAGUUAUGGUAAGAACUGAGGAGGAGAUUUCAGACACCAGCUUGAAACAAGAAGAGGAUUCUCACUCUCAUUUACCCAGCACUUAUGUUACUGAGGACCUGGGUUCUCCAACAAUAGAAGAACAAGUUGAUCAGCCUACAAUAGAUGAUGAGACUGUGCUUAUUGAUCCUUCCUCUCAUGGUUUUAUCCAGACAACAGAUGAUAUAGACAGCGAGUCAGUCUUGCCCCUGACAACUCUAACAGAUCCUAUCCUACAGCAUCAUGGAGAUGGGUCACACAUUAUUGGCUCAUCACUGGGCAGUCCUGACUCAGAAGAUUCAAAGGAUGUUGAAGAUUUAGUGAGCUGUCACUGAGCAGCAGGGAUCGUGUCUGUUAUCUAUUAACAGUGUUUGCAUCGUGAAAUCAGUUACAACCCUGUGCCACCUUUCCAGAGGACACAGUCAGUCCAGGUCUUUGAACAGCAACUUCCAGUUUGGAAUGACUACAGUGCACUUUCUCUGUCAGGCUACUUACCUCAUUUGUAAAGGGUUACAGAGCAGCCAACCCAAGCCUGAUGCACUACGUCUGCCGGGGUGUUCCAGUGUUCUGAAGAACCUCUGUUGCAGUGCUCACUGCUGGGAUCCAUGUGGUUGGUUCUGAUCUGACUUGGUACCAGUGUGCUGGGCUGCACAUCUGGAACACUGGACAGAAGUCAGGGAUCGUGGAGCGCAGCCUCCUAGUGCCACAGCAAGAAUUAGUUUGCACAGGUUUCAUGAAGAAUGGGUGAGGAUUUCUGCACUUACUGACUCUUGUAAUACAUGGAGUAAGAGACUGUUACAUUUCAGGAAGAAAUGUGUUCCAGCAAAGACUUCAGGGAGCAUGGGUAGCAUCCUGAAGAAAUGGUCUGUAUUCCCAUCUCGUCUGCCUUGUUAUUAUGUCUACAGCAUAGGAAGACACAGAUGCUUAUGGGACUUGCCUGGUCUGCCUGUUCCUGAGGAGUCCGUUGCUGGCAACGGGUGAAGCUCAGAAAGAUCACUUGAGGAAAACUUUUUUUUCCUUCAUCACUACAGCAAGCUGAAUAAAAAGGGAAGGGCUACGAGAAAGGGAAGCUACUGGGACCCACCAGCCUCCCCCCACAAGCUUGUAACUUCUUUGAAGACUUUUGUGAGUAGGCUAGAACAUUUGUCUCUCUCGCUGUUUACACAACACCACCAGCCACCUCUCCAGAGGUGAUUUAUGCAGCAAGUUGGUAGAUGGGGGGUGGUGUGGAGGUGGCAGAGUCUUGGAGAAACAGCUCUCUGAAAAUUCGGGCAUAGGGCCCUGAGGCAAAAGAAGCCAAUUAUUCCUACAUUCAAGGGUUUGAAACAGACACUAGGCUGAGCAGCAGCCUGUUAGCUAGGGAUUGAGAAAAAGCUAUAGGAACUAAAGACUCAUGUAUAAAUUAUUUUAUUUAUUUCUGUAAUUAGCUCUUCAUAAUCAAGAGUUGGUCUUUUUCAGUCCGUGGUUUUGUUAAUGUGAAAAAUAAGUUGUAGUUUCAAAUGGUUGCCUAGGGAACAGAAAUAAUUGUAUAUUCAGUUUAAACGAAAUAAAGAGUAUUUGUCUUACAUAA